AUGUCCAAGGUAACGGCGCCGGGGCCCGGGCCGCAGCCAGUGGCGGCGGCGGGCGGGAAGGAGAAGCGCUCCUUCAGCAAGCGGCUGUUCCGGAGCGGCCGCGCGGGCGGCGGCGGCGGCGCUGGGGGCCCCGGGGGGCCCGGGCCGGCCGCGCCCGCCUCGCCCUCGUCGGCGCGCUCGGUGGGCAGCUUCAUGAGCCGCGUUCUCAAGACGCUGUCCACGCUCUCGCACCUUAGCUCCGAGGGCGCCGCCCCGGACCGCGGCGCCUCCGCCGCCGAACCGGUGCCCGGGGUGGCGGGGCUCCGGAACCACGGCAACACGUGCUUCAUGAACGCCACGCUGCAGUGUCUCAGCAACACCGAGCUCUUCGCCGAGUACCUGGCACUCGGCCAGUACCGGGCGGGGCGACCCGAGCCCUCGCCCGACCCCGAGCAGCCUGUGGGCCGCGGCACGCAGGGCCAGGGCGAGGUCACCGAGCAGCUGGCGCACCUGGUGCGGGCCCUCUGGACCCUGGAGUACACCCCGCAGCACAGCCGCGACUUCAAGAGUAUUGUGUCAAAGAACGCACUGCAAUAUCGGGGAAAUUCCCAGCAUGACGCCCAGGAGUUUCUGCUGUGGCUUCUGGACCGAGUUCAUGAAGACCUCAAUCAUGCUGUGAAGCAGAGCGGCCAGCCUCCUCUGAAGCCACCGUCAGAGACUGAUAUGAUGCCCGAGGGACCAUCUUUUCCUGUCUGUAGCACUUUUGUACAAGAACUUUUUCAAGCCCAGUACAGAUCUUCUUUGACAUGUCCUCACUGUCAGAAGCAGAGCAACACUUUUGACCCUUUCCUCUGCAUUUCUUUGCCAAUUCCUCUACCCCACACAAGGCCUCUCUAUGUUACCGUAGUGUAUCAGGGGAAAUGUUCUCACUGCAUGAGGAUUGGUGUGGCCGUGCCUCUGUCUGGGACUGUCGCCAGGCUUCGGGAAGCAGUGUCUAUGGAAACAAAGAUCCCCACUGAUCAGAUUGUGUUAACGGAAAUGUACUAUGAUGGGUUCCAUCGUUCCUUUUGUGACACUGACGACCUGGAAACAGUCCAUGAAAGCGACUGCAUUUUUGCCUUUGAGACUCCAGAAAUAUUUAGGCCUGAAGGAAUUCUCAGUCAAAGAGGAAUCCACUUAAACAACAAUCUAAACCACUUGAAAUUUGGCUUGGAUCAUCAUCGACUGUCUUCUACACAAACUGCAGCAAAGCAAGGGAAAACAGACUUGCCCCCAGCAAGAGCGGGAAACGACAAGAUUGUUCUAUUAGUGUGUAACCGAGCCUGCACUGGGCAGCAAGGGAAAAGAUUUGGACUGCCUUUUGUGCUGCACUUAGAGAAGACAAUAGCGUGGGACCUUCUGCAGAAGGAAAUCUUGGAGAAGAUGAAGUAUUUCUUGAGGCCCACAGUUUGCAUCCAGGUGUGUCCAUUCAGUUUGCGUGUUGUCAGUGUUGUGGGGAUAACAUACUUGCUGCCCCAGGAGGAGCAGCCGCUGUGCCAUCCAACAGUAGAAAGGGCGUUAAAAUCUUGUGGACCAGGUGGCACUGCUCAUGUGAAGUUAGUGGUAGAAUGGGACAAGGAAACAAAAGAUUUCUUGUUUGUAAAUACUGAAGAUGAGUAUAUUCCUGAUGCAGAAAGUGUCCGUCUGCAGAGGGAGCGUCAUCAUCAGCCUCAGACUUGCACUUUAUCCCAGUGUUUCCAGCUCUACACCAAAGAGGAGCGGCUUGCUCCAGAUGACGCCUGGCGCUGCCCGCACUGUAAGCAGCUGCAGCAGGGGAGCAUUACGUUAAGCCUCUGGACUCUGCCUGAUGUGCUUAUUAUACAUCUAAAGAGAUUUCGACAGGAAGGAGACAGGCGUGUGAAACUUCAGAACAUGGUCAAGUUCCCCUUGACUGGCCUGGACAUGACACCUCAUGUGGUUAAGAGAAGUCAGAGCAGCUGGAGUUUGCCAUCCCAUUGGUCUCCAUGGAGACGGCCCUAUGGACUCGGGAGGGACCCUGAGGACUACGUCUAUGACCUGUAUGCUGUGUGCAAUCAUCAUGGCACCAUGCAAGGGGGGCACUACACAGCGUACUGUAAGAACUCUGUGGAUGGCCUCUGGUACUGCUUCGAUGACAGUGAUGUGCAGCAGCUGUCGGAAGAUGAGGUCUGCACACAGAUGGCAUACAUCCUUUUCUACCAGAGGCGGACAGCUAUUCCAUCAUGGUCGGCCAACAGCUCAGUGGCAGGCUCCACAAGUUCUUCCUUGUGUGAACACUGGGUGAGCCGGCUUCCGGGGAGCAAGCAAGCCAGCGUGACCUCUGCAGCUUCCUCCAGACGCACCUCCCUGGCCUCGUUGUCCGAGUCGGUGGAGAUGGCCGGGGAGAGGAGUGAAGACGAUGGAGGUUUCUCAACUCGACCAUUCGUGAGAAGUGUCCAGCGUCAGAGCUUGUCAUCCAGAUCUUCUGUCACCAGCCCCUUGGCCGUUAACGACAAUUGCAUUAGACCUUCUUGGUCCUUGUCCGCCAAGCUGCAGAUGCGCUCCAGUUCUCCCUCCCGGUUCUCAGGGGACUCUCCGAUCCACACCUCUGCCUCCACCUUGGAGAAGAUCGGGGAGGCAGUGGACGACAAGGUCUCCAUCUCUUGCUUUGGCAGCUUAAGGAACCUUGCCAGCAGUUACCAGGAACCAAGUGAUAGUCAUAGCCGACGUGAGCACAAGGCUGUGGGUCGGGCCCCUCUGGCUGUCAUGGAAGGUGUGUUCAGAGAUGAAUCAGACAUCCGCAAAUUGAACUCCAGUGUUGUAGACACACAGAGCAAAAACUCAGCACAAGGGGAUCGUGUGCCCCCAGUCUCUGAUCCAUUUGAUAACAAUAACCAGAUUGCUUAUGUGGAUCAGAGCGAUUCUGUAGACAGCUCUCCAGUCAAAGAGGUGAAACCCACAAGCCACCCGGGCUCCCUCACAAAGAAAUCAGACAGCACAGCCAAGAGAUCCCCCAGCUCCAAAGGCGCUUCUGAGCCAGAUAGAAGCUUGCGGAAGGGGAGACCAGUCUUGGCAAGCCAGGAAUCAUCUCUUUCAAGUACAUCUCCUUCUUCUCCUGUUCCUGUAAAAGUUUCUAUAAAGCCCUCCCGCUCCCGAAGCAAAGCAGAUUCUUCUUCCAGGGCCAGUGGACGGCAUUCCUCCCCUGCCUCUGGCCAGCCCAGAAAGGAGUCCUCCCCCAAACCCCAGGACUCUGUGUCAUCUCCUUCGCCCCAGAAGCAGAAAUCAUCUUCCUCCCUCACCUACACUGCUUCCUCCACAUCUGCCAAAAAAGCCUCGGGCUCUGCUGCAAGGGGUCCCUUCCCUCCUGGGAAGAGCAGGACUUCAGACCGGAGCUUGAGUAGAGAGGGCUCCAGGCAAAGCCUGGCUUCGGACAGAGCCAGCGUCACCUCCAGCUCUAAACCCAACUCCCCUCGGGUGAACCAGGCCAGGGCCGGGGAGGGCCGAGGGGACGGAAAGCACGUCAGGAGCUCCUCCAUGGCCAGCCUGCGUUCCCCCAACACAAACAUGAAGGCUGGUCUGAAGAGGGACAGCAAGUCGGAGGACAAGGGGCUAUCCUUCUUCAAGUCAGCCUUGAGACAGAAGGAAACCCGGCGGUCGACUGACCUUGGCAAAACAACCUUGCUCUCCAAGAAGGCCGGUGGGAGCUCUGUCAAGUCGGCUGGUAAGAAUGCUGGGGAUGAGAAGGCAGAGAAAGGCUACCAGCCUCCAGGUUUCCAGCAGCCAAGUGCAAGUGCAGUUGGAAAAGAGCAGCUUGUCUCCAAGGACCCUGCUUCUGCUAAACAUUCCCUGCUGUCCGCUCGCAAAUCCAAGUCUUCCCAGCUAGAUUCUGGAGUGCCCCCAUCUCCUGGUGGCAGGCAGUCUGCUGCGAAAUCCUCAAAACAGUUCUCUUCUAGCAUGCAAACCUCUGCACGGCCUUCUCAAAAACCUCAGUGAUGUUUCUGCAAUCCACGUGUUUUAUCUGUAAAGAUGUUUAUUUAUUUAGAACCCCUUCCCUCCCACCAAAGCCCUCUAUGCUUUUGUUUUGUAUGUUUCGGGUCACGUGCCUAGUGUGUGUGCGUGUGUGUGCGCGCGUGUGUGUGUAGAAUUCAACUGCAAAUUGUUAAAAGCGUCGCCUUAUUCUGCCAUUGAACCAAAUAACAGCCAUAGGCAAAGCAUUGAUACCAAGCUAACUGGAAUAAUUGUAGAUGAGACCCUGGGUGGUCCCU